AUGGCAUAUGAAAGGAAGAAUUUCAGGCUAGCAAGCUCAUCUUGUUUUUUGUUUUGUACUCUUUUUCAUAUCUUUAUUACUGCUUCUGCUGCUGCAAUUCAUUUCGAGACAAGCAAUGAGACAGACUACCAAUCUCUGCUUGACAUCAAGGGUCUAAUACAAGGAGAUCCAUUCCAGGCUCUAAGCUCCUGGAAUGAUUCCAUUCAUUUUUGUGAUUGGCGUGGAGUCACAUGUGGCCUGCUUCAUCAAAGAGUCACUGUCUUGAAUAUGUCAUCAUUUCACUUGGUUGGUUCUCUUUCUCCCUCCAUAGGAAACCUUACCUUUCUCAGAGAACUCAAUAUUCCGGAUAACAAUUUUCAUGGUAUGAUUCCUGAAGAAGUAGGCAGACUUUUUCGGCUUCAAUAUCUUCGUUUUGCCAAUAAUUCCUUUGAGGGAGAACUUCCAUUAAAUAUCUCGGGUUGUUCAGAGCUAAGUAUUCUUGAUUUAAGGGGUAACAGGCUCAUCGGGCGAAUUCGAGAUGACUUGAGCACUUUAUCUAAGCUUUAUGCUCUGAGCCUUUCCAGGAAUAAUUUCUCAGGCAGCAUUCCACCAUCUUUGGGUAAUAUUUCCUCUCUUCAGAUACUUAGCAUAUCAAGAAACAAUCUAGGUGGAAAUAUUCCAGCUGAGAUUGGUCGGCUUUCAAAUCUGCAUGUCCUUGAGCUGUCCUCAAAUAAACUUUUAGGUGCAGUUCCUCCUCAGCUCUACAACAUUUCGACACUCCAGAUCUUUUCUAUUACUAACAAUCUAUUAAGUGGACAGUUUCCUGCUACUGUGGGAUUGACUCUUCCAAACCUUACUUUAUUUUUGGCUGAUUUGAACCAAUUCUUUGGAUCAAUUCCAACUACAUUAGCAAAUGUUUCAGGGCUCACAAAAAUUAGCAUAGGAGACAAUUCACUCACAGGACCAAUUCCACAAAAUCUAGGUAGCCUGAAAGAACUUCAGGUUUUGCAUUUUGGCCAUAAUCCCCUUGGAACUGAUAAAGCAAAUGAUAUUAGCUUUAUUUCCUCCUUAACAAAUUGCACAAAUCUACAAAUAUUGAGUUUGUCAAGAAUUCAAAUUGGAGGCAUGCUACCAACUGCCAUUGCCAAUCUUUCAACCAAACUCACAUCUUUGUGGCUGAAUGAUAACAUUAUAUCUGGUAGCUUACCUUCCGGGAUUGGAAACCUUGCAAGCUUGGGCUAUCUCGAUGUGCGUAACAAUUCUCUCUCAGGCAUAAUUCCUGAUUCCGUGGGGAAACUUGUUAAAAUGCAGGAGCUUUAUCUGUCUGAAAAUAGCUUCACAGGAGAAAUUCCUUCAACAAUCGGUGACAUUUCUGAACUACAGAUUCUUGUAUUAGAACAGAACAUGCUUACAGGUAACAUUCCUGUUUCUUUGAGUAACUGCAGUAACUUGCAAGGAUUUACUGUUAGUCAGAAUCGCCUAAGUGGAGCUUUACCUAAAGAACUUCUUGCUCUUUCAUCUCUCUCUCUUGGCCUCCUCUUAGCUCAAAACCAAUUCACCGGAUCAUUACCAUCGGAAGUUGGCAAUUUGAAGAAUCUUGUGUCAUUGGAUAUUUCAGAAAACAAAUUAUCUGGUGAAAUUCCAACCUCUAUUGAUGGUUGUGAGAUGUUGGAAUAUCUUCGGUUGAAAGGUAACUUUUUGGAAGGCUCUGUACCUUCUACUUUAGGAGAAUUGAAAAGCAUUCAGGUCAUAGAUCUAUCUCAAAAUAAUUUGUCAGAGCAAAUUCCAGCUUCUUUGGCAAAAUUAAAAUUCAUCAGCACUCUAAAUCUUUCCUAUAAUAUGCUAGAGGGUGAAGUGCCAAUGGAUGGGAUCUUUGCAAACUCUAGUGCCUUUUCAGCACUGGGGAAUGGAAAGCUAUGCGGAGGAAUCAAAGCAUUGAACUUAUCAUCUUGUCCGAAACCUACCAAAAAGAAAGCAAAGCUGUCUACUCCUAUAACUAAGAAGCUCAAAACAACAAUUACCUUUUACCUCUGCAGCAGAAAAACAGAAUCAGAAGCUCUCUCAUAUGCAGAAUUAUAUGAUUCCACCAAUGGUUUUUCUUCAGAAAAUUUGAUUGGUGAAGGUAAAUAUGGCUCUGUUUACAAAGGGGUCCUCAAACCUGGUGAGCAAAUGGUUGCUGUUAAGGUUCUUAAGCUCCACCAACAUGGUGCCCAUAAGAGCUUCUUGGCUGAAUGUGUAGCGUUGAGAAACAUCCGCCAUCGAAACCUCGUCAAGAUCAUAACCUCUUGUUCAAGUUUAGACUUCAAACACAACGAUUUCAAAGCUUUGAUUUUCGAAUAUGUGCCCAAUGGAAGUUUAGAGAAUUGGUUACAUCCAAGUUCAGCUGAGGAAGAAGGACAAAGCCUAAUGAAGCUCCAGUUGAUACAAAGACUGAAUAUUGCAAUCGACAUUGCCUCCGCCUUGGAUUACCUUCAUAACCAUUGUGGGACACCGAUUAUCCAUUGUGAUCUAAAGCGGAGCAACAUACUUCUAGGUGAUGAUUUUCGCGCCAUGGUUAGUGAUUUUGGCCUGGCAAAAUUUCUUUCCUUCAUUGAAGGUAAAUCCCAUCAACAUCAAAGCAACUCAGUAGCAAUUAGAGGAACAGUUGGAUAUGUUGCUGCAGAAUAUGGCAUGGGUGGAGAGGUAUCAACACAAGGAGAUGUAUACAGCUAUGGUAUUCUAUUGCUUGAAUUGUUUACAGGGAAAACGCCUACUGACAGCAUGUUCACAGAAGAUUUUAGUCUCCAUAGUUAUGUUAAGAUGGCUCUUCCCCAUCAGGUAAUGGAAAUUGUUGAUCCAAAGAUCUCAAUGGAAGCAGAAUCCAUAGCAGGUAUAAUCACCAAAACAAGCAAAGGCGGCAGCAUCAAUCAGGAGGAACGCUACCUAUCGAUGUUUUGGAUUGGUGUUUCAUGCUCUUCAGAAAUUCAGAGGGACAGGAUGAAUAUUAAAGAUGUCCUCAGUGGAUUACAAGCAAUCAGGAAUGAGUUUAUUCAGGUUAUAAAUGAGAGCCAAAUGAGAUGA